ACAAGAAGCAACUACAGGCGCAACAAGAGCAGGAGCGCAUGGCGAAGAAAGAGGUAGAGACGCAGAUGCAACAGUUCAUUGGGGCCAGCGCAGAUAGCGCAUAUAUUCGCGCACCAGAAAGAGCCGUGAGAAGAUAGAGAGUAAAGAUGAGUCAACUCUAUAAAGAUGCAAUUCCAUGGCAAGAGAAAUGUGGAUGAGGCGAAAAAUGGUGUCCUAUGCCGGCUUCAAAUUGCGCAAACCAGCAAGUCUUCAAAGCGAAUAUUGUGAAUGCAACAUGUCUCGCAAGUCUUCGCAUCACAUUCCCACCUGGUCUACAAUAGGCCUUUGGAGUCUCUUCACCACAUUUCAUCAUUCUCUCUCAACGCAUCAUAAGAUACUCUCAAAGCUGGACUUUCAACCACCUUUGUAUCCAACAGAACGUCAUCACAACAACAUGCCACCAUUCUACCCCUACAUUCCCAGCGCCGUCGCGCCCACGCCAACCCACAACUGCAACUGCGCGCCUUCUAUGUCUCCCUUCUCUUUGCUUACGCCGAAGGUCACAUCGUCAGUAGACUCCGUCGCAACAUCCUUCUCGACAUUAGUGUCCUCACACACUAUUGAGGACAUUUUGCACCGAAUCUCCGCGGCAGAUACCCCUGCUCAACCUACCUCAACACUUGAUUUGGUUAUGAAAGCAGAAGCCCCCGGAUCUGAUGGUGGCGGUAUAUCGACUGGUGCUACUAUCGGUAUCAUUAUUGGUGGGAUUGUCUUGCUGCUCGGUAUCGCUCUCGUUGUGGUGAAGGUGCUUCGUUAUUGAGUAAAGAGGGAGGCGUGUUGUGAAAAGUUGUUGGGAAAGGAAGGGGCUAGAUUAAGCAGAGAGUUCCAUGGUUGUAUAGCAAUGAGGCUAUUUUUUUUUUCUAGAUAUUGA